AAGUCACUGCCACAAAGUAAACAGAUGUGGUAGGAGGAGAACAAGAGACAUUUUUCCACUUGACAUUUACCCACCUUGCAGACAAAAAAAGUUUAUUAAAAACUAUUAAAAUGGGAAAAUGUACCUGGAUUUUACUGUUAACUCAUAUUUUGCGUGCCUGGGGACAGAUGAUAGAGCUAUCGCCCACACCAUGCAAUGACAAAGCUGUGGAGAAGCUUUCCAAAUUGGCCCUCACCUACAUCAAUGAAGACCGAACCGAGGGGUAUAAAUUUGCCCUCAAUAGAAUAUCCAACGUUCAUCUUCACGCUCAGGGUCCAGCUGGAAACGUCUACUACCUCCGUCUAGAUGUGUUGGAGACCAAGUGUCAUGUGAGAAGCUCUAAACCCUGGAAACGAUGUGACGUCAGACCCUUCAUGGAAACCCAAAUCUCUGGGAACUGCAACACCACCAUCCUCCACACAGCCACAGGAUACUCCUACCUGUACAGCUAUGACUGCACACUGGUGCCUGACCCUCCAGAGAAGCUGCAGCAGAUAUGUCCAGCCUGCCCCGUGCUGCUGCCCAUAGACAGCCCCAGGGCGGUGCACGCUGCUGGUCUGACCCUCUACAAGUUCAACACGCAGAGCACCCUGCCCUCCAGCCUGGCCCUGCAGAACAUUACCAGGGCCUCCGUACAGAGUGGGCCCGUGCCGGCUACCUUUGUGGAGUACACUGUGCAGGAGUGUCGCGAGGGCUACGUGGGCAUGUGUGUGCCAACAGACAACAGCGGAGACCCAGCUGGGUUUUGUAAGGGGGCGGUGUAUGGACCUAUCGGCCAACCAGACAUGGAUGUCUCUUGUGAAAUAUUCCAUCCACAGGGCAUUGAUGUUUUCCAUGACCUGACCCCUCCUCGACCCCCAAUGAUGCCUGAAGUCCCCAUCUUUGUUCCCAAUGUCCCCAUUAUCAUCCCCUCCUACCCCACAGCACCCCCUCCUCUUCUGGAGGAGCCCCAACCACAACCCUUUGACCCCAGUAUCCUUGUUGACCCUACACGCAUCUUUCCCAACCCCCUAUCCCCAAUCCCAACCCCCUAUCCCCAACCCCAACCCCCUAUCCCCAACCCCCUAUCCCCAACCCCAAUCCCCCUAUCCCCAACCCCCCUAUCCCCAACCCCAACCGUUCGUCUUCCAGCGAGUCUUUGGAGUCUCAGGAGACUCCAGUCUCUCCAGGGGUUCCAGACUCUUUCCGAGGAGCUGGGUGCAGGUGUGGCUCGACCACCCUUCAACUUCCGCUACCGGCCCCUGCGCAGACGGAGGCAGGCCCUGGUGACAGCCAAGCCCCCUCACACCCCUGUCUUUCUGGCUGAGUUCCCCAGCUCGCCCUCUCCCUUCCGCUCCUGCCCUGGUCCUUCUCGCUACACCACUGUGUGACCCAGACUGGGAUAGAGCCUCAUUCAGUAGGGGAAACUAACUUUAGAGUUAGGAGACUGGUAGAAAUUGUAGAGUUUAAAGUUAGGAGACUGGUAUAAAUUGUAGACUUUAAUGUUAGAAGACUGGUGUAAUUUGUAGACUUUAAAGUUAGGAGACUGGUAUAAAUUGUAGAGUUAAAGUUAGGAGACUGGUAUAAAUUGUAGACUUUAAAGUUAGGAGACUGGUAUAAAUUGUAGAGUUAAAGUUAGGAGACUGGUAUAAAUUGUAGACUUUAAAGUUAGGAGACUGGUAUAAAUUGUAGAGUUAAAGUUAGGAGACUGGUAUAAAUUGUAGACUUUAAAGUUAGGAGACUGGUAUAAAUUGUAGACUUUAAAGUUAGGAGACUGGUAUAAAUUGUAGACUUUAAAGUUAGGAGACCGGUAUAAAUUAAAGUUAAAGUUAGAUUUUAAAAAAA